AUGCACUACACGGAUCGUCGGGAUAUUGUCAUUCCUGAAGAAUAUGGUGUAUACGAAAGUACUCCGGGAGUCGUGGAACGAUUCGUGCUCGGAGAUUCCGGGUCUGAUGAUCCCAAUCGAAUCUUUAUCUUCUGCAGAGAGAGCACGGGCUCGUGGAUCGGUAGAGUUUCAAAGAUUUACUGUGAUGGCACAUCAAGUUUAGCCCCGAAACGGUUCUCUCAAGUUCUAGCCAUCCUCGCCGAGCGCCACAACUGCGUGACUCCGAUUUGUUACGCUCUCCUUCCCAAUAAAUCAGAAGAAACGUAUUGGAAGAUGAUCGACCUGCUCUCGCUCGAGUGGCCUACAUUCAAUCCAACAAGCAUAUCGAUGGAUUAUGAGAAGGCCCUGAUGAAUGCCUUCAGUUCCCACAUCCCCGACGCUCUGCUCCAAGGCUGUUUUUUCCACCUCGUAAGAAACAUGAAAAAACAAGUUGCGGCUAACGGGCAGAGCAAACGGUAUCGCAACGUGUCGGACUUCGAACUGAAGGCCAAAAUGAUCUCCGCACUCGCAUUCGUUCCUCCGGAAAGGCUCGAGGACGCUCUCAGAGAGCUCCGAAACGAAUUGCCAGAUGAGUUGCAACCAGUCCUGGACUUCUUCGAAGACACGUACAUUGGUCGUCUUCGAGUUCACAACGACGGUUCGCUGGCACGACGGGACCCUUUGUUUCCAGUCUCUAUGUGGACGGUUUAUGAGCGCACACUGCGAGGGGACAGUCGCACCAACAAUUACGCGGAGGCAGCUCAUAGAAGUCUCCAACGCCAAUUCCGCGUCGAGCAUCCUGGCAUAUUGAACUUCAUCGACGGGAUCCGUAGCGUACAGCAUAGCAAAGAUGCCGACUUGGAACGAUACAUAGCUGGGCAUACCUCGGAGGGCAAGAAGAAUGAGUACGUCGAGAACGACCAAAAGAUUCUGCGCAUCCCCGGAAAUGUGGACACGAAUACCUUAACAGAUACCAUGAGAGGCGUUGCCCAAACGUACAAAAUGAAUCCUUGA